UGGGGGGCAGGAGCCGUGUCCACCCAAGUCUGAGGGUUUUCCAUCAUUCCUGGAGUGCAGGCGUGCACACCUGCGGGAACAAGGGUUUGCAGACGUGUGCACAAGGGUGCCUCAGCCUCGCUUGGUGGACAUUUGGCCAGUGACAACAGAGGCAAGGAAGCCUUUGUCCAUCCUCAGGUGCACACCUGCGUGUGGCCCCCACCUCUGCACAUGCUUGUGCAGGGCGCGCCCUUGUGAGCUCUGCCCCUCUGUGCGCCUCCGUUGGGGCGCCAGGCCUUGCACAGCACGUGGGGGCGAGCUGUGCCACUGGGCUGUGCGUGGUGCCUGCAUGUAGCCUACCGCUGGAUGCACGCAGGCGUGUGCACGCGCCACUUCUGUGUGGGUUCACGUACUGUUAGCCACGUCACCAACAGACACACGUCAGCUUGUACACGCGUGUGCCACCACGGGGUGUGUCGGUGUGUGUGCACUCUCAUUAGACACACUUGUAUGUGUGGUACCACUGUGCAGGCAUGUUUGUGCAUCAACGUGUUUGCACAUGCGUGCUUGGUCGUGUGUGUGUGCAUGUGCGUGCGUGCCCUGGGUCUCUUGGGACCUGCUGGCAAGUCAGCCUGUGUGUGGAGCAUGGGGAGCUUCAGCAUCCCUGGAGCCCUCACCAUGAGGCCUCAGGAGCUUUGGAGUGGGAGGCUCGAGGCCAGCCAGAAGCGUGGUCCCUGGCCCUGGGCAGAGGAACUGGGGCUGCCCUUUGCUCUCCUAUCUUCCAUUGCUGACCAGGGAAAGGGGUUGAACUACUCAGGCACCCCAUGAUCCUGCCUUGAGGACCCAGGCUGCUGUGGGGAGACGUGAAAUGGCCUCCCUGCUGGGGGCUGGGCCCUGGCUGAAGCACCCACCUUCUCCCUGCCUCCUCUCUCAAAAGCCUAAUGGACCUCCCCCCCGACACAGAGGGGCUGUGCUGCUCUUGCCCGGUCAGGUGGGGGUGCUGUGAGAGCAGGUUACAGGAGCUGGUUAUGGGGCCUUUGGAGCUGCAGUAGGUGCUGCAGGGCGGCUGGCCAGGCUUUUGCAGGUGGGCUGUCAUGGGAAACUGCCUCACCCCCACCGGGCACGGACUGGACUGGAUGCUGGUCUUGGGCCGCAGAAGCCUGGCCCAGUGAGUUUUGCGGUUAUGCUGUGAUUUAACUGGGGUUUGAGGGGCUCCCGGAGGCUGACCUGGCGGUCUCCUGAAUGCCCAUUCUCAAGGGCCCCUGAGGGUGUAACUUGAGCUUCCUGGCCUUCCACAGGGCUGGGAGGCCGGGCAGGGUGGGCGAGAAGCCUGGGGUCACCCCCACCCUGGAAAGGGGGACCCUGCCUGCACCCUCCUGGUUUGGAGGGAGGGCCUACUGGCAGCCCGGGCACAGUGGGUGGGCAGGGGGACAGCGGAGCCUGCCUAGGGGAACCGCCCGGCCUCUGUUCAGCAUGCCCCUCCCCUGGGUGGGGCUUCAGGCGCUGAGUCACGACUUCGAAGAUGGGGGCAGACUCACCCUCCUCCCCAACCUCCAAGCUGCUGAGGAAGCCUGGGCUGAGCACAGUAGAGGAGGCCUAGGUGCCCAGGGCUGAGGAUGGGAGAGCUCAGGGGCUUCCAGCAGUGGGUACAGCCCUCAGGGCUUCUGCUAAUGUCCACCCUGUCCCCAUGAGCAUGACUGUGAGCUCCAGGGUACAGCUUCCUCUUUCCAGCUCUCCAGGGACACAGGGCGACCAUCGAUGAGGUGGAGACGGACGUGGUGGAGAUUGAGGCCAAACUGGACAAGCUGGUGAAGCUGUGCAGCGGCAUGGUAGAGGCUGGCAAGGCCUACGUCAGCACCAGCAGGCUGUUUGUGAGCGGCGUCCGAGAGCUGUCCCAGCAGUGCCAGGGCGACACUGUCAUCUCGGAAUGUCUGCAGAGGUUUGGUGACAGCCUGCAGGAGGUGGUGAACUACCACAUGAUCCUGUUUGACCAGGCCCAGAGGUCCGUGCGGCAGCAGCUCCACAACUUUGUCAAAGAGGAUGUGAGAAAGUUCAAGGAGACAAAGAAGCAGUUUGACAAGGUGCGGGAGGACCUGGAGCUGUCCCUGGUGAGGAACGCCCAGGCCCCAAGGCAUCGGCCCCACGAGGUGGAAGAAGCUACCGGGGCCCUUACCCUCACCAGGAAGUGCUUCCGACACCUGGCACUGGACUACGUGCUCCAGAUCAAUGUCCUGCAGGCCAAGAAGAAGUUUGAGAUCCUGGACUCUAUGCUGUCCUUCAUGCACGCCCAGUCCAGCUUCUUCCAGCAGGGCCACAGCCUCCUGCACCAGCUGGACCCCUACAUGAAGAAGCUGGCGGCCGAGCUGGACCAGCUGGUGAUUGACUCUGCGGUGGAAAAGCGUGAGAUGGAACGAAAGCAUGCCGCGAUCCAGCAGCGGACACUACUGCAGGACUUCUCCUACGAUGAGUCAAAAGUGGAAUUUGACGUGGAUGCGCCCAGUGGGGUGGUGAUGGAGGGCUACCUCUUCAAGAGGGCCAGCAACGCCUUCAAGACCUGGAACCGGCGCUGGUUCUCCAUUCAGAACAGCCAGCUGGUCUACCAGAAGAAGCUCAAGGACGCGCUGACCGUGGUUGUGGAUGACCUCCGCCUGUGCUCCGUGAAGCCCUGUGAGGACAUUGAGCGCAGGUUCUGCUUCGAGGUCGUGUCACCCACCAAGAGCUGCAUGCUGCAGGCCGACUCCGAGAAGCUGAGGCAGGCCUGGGUGCAGGCUGUGCAGGCCAGUAUCGCCUCUGCCUACCGAGAGAGCCCCGACAGCUGCUACAGCGAGAGGCUGGACCGCACAGCAUCCCCGUCCACGAGCAGCAUCGACUCCGCCACCGACCCUCGGGAGCGCAGCGUGAAGGGUGAGAGUGUGCUGCAGCGCGUGCAGAGCGUGGCUGGCAACAGCCAGUGUGGUGACUGCGGCCAGCCAGACCCCCGCUGGGCUAGCAUCAACCUGGGUGUGCUGCUCUGCAUCGAAUGCUCGGGCAUCCACAGGAGCCUGGGUGUCCACUGCUCCAAGGUCCGGUCCCUGACACUGGACUCGUGGGAGCCAGAGCUUCUAAAGCUGAUGUGUGAGCUUGGAAACAGCACUGUGAACCAGAUCUACGAGGCCCAGUUUGAGGGCACAGGCAGCAGGAAGCCCAGCGCCAGCAGCCCCCGGCAGGACAAGGAGGCCUGGAUCAAGGACAAAUACGUGGAAAAGAAAUUUCUGCGGAAGGCACCUGUGGUGCCAGCCCGGGAGGCCCCAAGACGCUGGAGGGCGCAGAAGUGCCUGCGGCCCCAUAGCUCUCCCCGCGCCCCUGCUGCCCGCCGCAAGGUCCGGCUUGAGCCCGCCCUGCCCUGUGUGGCCGCUCUGUCCUCAGUGGGCACCCUGGAGCACAGGUUCCGCCGGGACUCUCUCUUCUGCCCUGACGAGCUGGACUCCCUCUUCUCCUACUUCGACGCAGGGGCCGCGGGGGCUGGCCCUCGCAGUCUGAGCAGCGACAGUGGCCUUGGGGGCAGUUCAGAUGGCAGCUCAGAUGUCCUGGCUUUUGGCGCGGGUUCCGUGGUGGACAGCGUCACUGAGGAGGAGGGCGUGGAGUCGGAGGAGUCCAGCGGCGAGGCGGAUGGGGACGCUGAGGCCGAGGCCUGGGGCCUGGCGGACGUGCGCGAGCUGCACCCGGGGCUCUUGGCACACCGUGCGGCGCGGGCCCGCGACCUUCCCGCACUGGCAGCGGCGCUGGCCCACGGGGCUGAGGUCAACUGGGCGGACGCAGAGAACGAGGGCAAGACGACGCUGGUGCAGGCCGUGCUAGGGGGCUCCUUGAUUGUCUGUGAGUUCCUGCUGCAAAACGGAGCGGACGUGAACCAAAGAGACAGCCGGGGCCGGGCACCGCUGCACCACGCCACGCUGCUGGGCCGCACAGGCCAGGUCUGCCUGUUCCUGAAGCGGGGCGCGGACCAGCACGCACUGGACCAAGAGCAGCGUGACCCGUUGGCCAUCGCGGUGCAGGCGGCCAAUGCCGACAUCGUGACGCUGCUCCGUCUGGCUCGCAUGGCUGAGGAAAUGCGGGAGGCCGAGGCUGUCCCCGGCCCCCCAGGCGCCCUGGCAGGCAGCAGCCCCACGGAGCUCCAGUUCCGCAGGUGCAUCCAGGAGUUCAUCAGCCUCCACCUGGAGGAGAGCUAGGACCGGGCAGGCCGGGCAGUUGCCGCCCCGCCCGGCCCGAAGCCCCCCGCGCCCACCUGGCUGCGGCCUUGCCUGUGUCCCGCGGGCCAAUGCCCCACAGACCCAGUGCCGGGGUGCUUCGGGCCCCGCUCUCCCAGGAGGAGGGCGAAGCCCCAGCACUGAGUCUCUUGGAGCUUCACGUUUCCCUGGGGGUGUUGCAUUGUCGGGUGCCCCUGACCCCACCUGGGGAACCUCUGUCUUCAGGUCACCCCUUUUCGGAGGCCUGGGUUGCUCAUGUCACAAGCCACUCUUGAGGCCCGUGUCACCUGUGUCCCCUGUCCUCAGGGCCUGUCACUUAGUGCCCCACUUCUGCCCAGAACACUGACCUGCUAGCUGGGUCCCUCCUGCAUACCCCAGAGCCCCUCCCAGGGCAGAAGGGGUGGCCAAUCCAGGGAACCAACGAGUACCUCACUUAGUGACCCCAGCAUUCAGGCUGGUGUCACGGGUGCUGGGCAGAGGGGCUCUGGCCUAGGUCCUCAGCCCUGGCUGGACGCAGGCGUCCCAAGGUCACGUGGCUGGCCAUGAAGGUCCUCGUGCCAGACUGCCCCAGCACGUCCCUGCCUCCUCUGGAGGCCCUUUCUCCCGGUACUCACCUAGAGCCUGUGCAUAAAGCCACUUUGCCACUUUCCACCCAGAAAAUCUUAGUUCUUUGUAUCGGAUCGAGGGGGUUUUCUACAGACCUUGUCUGUCUUGCGUCUUUUGUCUGUGGACUCUUGAGGACACCUCAGCCCCAGCCCUGCCCCUGGCCAGCCUCACCCUUGGGUCCAGGGGUCCCUCAGCUCAUUUUGCAGGGGUUGCCAAUGCCUUCACGCACCCCUUCCCCGGAGAGGUGCAGGGAGGCGGAGCUUCCCCAACUCCGCCCAUGUCAGGUUAAGGCCGGUUGGCUGGUCACUAUGCAAUGCUGCCCUGGGGAGGCUCCAUGAGGGCACAGUGGGUGCUGGGCCUGGACCCCCAACUCCCUUGCCUGCUGCCUGUGACCCUGAAGAACAGAAUUGACUCUUGCCCCUCCCUGCGUGAGCUUGGCCCUGCCUCCUGCCCAGGGCCCCUGCUGAGUGGGUCUCCCCCACCUCGCUGUGAAUAAACCGCUUCACCCAGCA